AUUUGCUGAUUCCAACUGAUCCGUUAUGUCGUCGUGGGUCACGGACGAGGGUGAAAGCCUCCUGCGCCGCAUGGACGUACAGGACGCCGCGAUGGCGGCGAAGGCGCAAGCGCAGGACGCGGCGAUGGCGGCGAUGGCGGCGAAGGCGCGAGCGCAGGACGCGGCGAUGGCGGCGCAGCAUGCCGCCGCACGGUACGACGGUACGAGCGCCGCGAAUGCUGGGACGGCGGGCGGUUACGCUCUUCCGACGGAGAGCGAGAUCCUUCCGUACGUUCUGCUUAGCCCUGCCGCGCAGCAAAUGGUCGAUCACGCCGCGCAGCCUCUCGUCUCCAACGAACACCACUCCUUCAUGAGCUUCGUUCGCGAUCGCCUGCUGCCUGCUGCUAGCUUCAAUCGCCGUGCGCGUGCUGCGCGGGAGCCCGGCGACCCGCCAAAGGUCUACACGAUGACCUCACAAGACGUCCUCAAGUGGGCGAUUUACGCAGCCAUCUCGCGCCAGCAGGCCAACGAGGCGCUUCAGGUUGUCAGCGGGUUCCCGUUUGUGCUUCCGGAACCGGACGUGAGGACCAACCGGGUCGGAAUGACGCUAUUUCCCUCCGUGGGGUACACGCCAGAGCAGCCCGAUGAUAAUGAGGACAGCCUGAACCCACUCAAGGACAGGCUAAAAGCGCUCGAAGCCGGCCAGCAAGCCGAGGAGGCGCCGGAGGCAUACACAACUGCCCUCCCCUUCGAUGCGGUGUGGCAGGGCCACAGCAGUACGGCCGGGUGCGCGGAGGAGGUGCGGAGAGCGCACGUCGAUGCGAGCAACCUCUUUGCGCCUUCGCACCCUUAUGUACCCGUCGGCGCGACGAUGCCGCCCUACUCGCGCUUCCCCGGGAGCAAUGCCCCGCAGCCCGUCCAAGUCCCGUUUCCUGGUAGCAGCCGCUCUGACGUCCUCUUCAGCUGGCUGGGCUGCCGCUGCUCGUGGCCGGUCACGCAGCUCUGCUGGUACACGUGCAUCGCGUGCAACAUCCACCAGUGGCUUGCGGUCUUCGUUGCGACCUUCACCCAGCUCUGGAUCGCCACGUUCCUCGAGUCAUUCGUGGUGCAGGCGCUCCGCAGCAUCUCAACGUAUCACCCGCUUCUUGACCCAAAUCUCCCUCCG